AUGGCGUCCGCAGCUCGUACGAAGUUAAAAACGGCAUUUAAAAAGGCGCGGGUCAUCGCACCUCUGCAUACAGAGGGCCCAGUAGCCGUUUCGCAUGAUGGGACGAGACUCUUCACAUGCGUGGGGGAGGAGGCGCUGAUGACCGACGUCAAGGAGGGCCGCGAGAUCUGUCGCUUUGUCGGGGACACAGAGUCGAUCACCGCGCUCUGCAUUACCCCGUCUGCCUCGCACCUCCUUCUCUUUACCUCAGCACUUGCCCUCCGCAUAUAUGAAAUACCCGCGGUCUCCGAACCUCUCACGAGACCUGUGCAUCCCUCACGCGUGAUCCCCCGUGCGCACGACGCGCCUGUUCACGUCUGCCGAACGGACCCCACCGCGACCUACCUCGCAUCUGGCUCUGCAGACGGCGUGGUCAAGGUCUGGCAUAUCCUCCGUGGCUAUGUCACACACGUCUUCAAGGGUCAUGGGGGUGUCGUCAGCGCACUGGCGUUCAACUACCCGUUCGACCCCUCCGCGGUACACCGUGAAACGAAAAUGCAGCUUAUUACUGGGUCUGUUGACACCAAGAUCCGCAUAUUCGACCUCUCUGCGGCUGCGAAUAGGACGGGCGCACCCGUGCGGCCAGAGGCGAUUCUGGAGGGACAUGUCUCGGUGCCUCGUGGGCUGGAUGUUUCGCAGGACGGCAAGUGGCUCGUCAGUGGUGGUCGGGACUCGGUUGUCCUUCUAUGGGACAUCUCUUCGAAAGAGAACAACCUGUCGCACGCUACGAGCAGCAAAAAGAAGGGCAAGCAGACGGCUUAUUCGCCCGCUCUGGUCAAGACGGUCCCCGUCCUGGAGCGCGUCGAAGCAGUUGGGUUACUCCAUCAGGAUAAAGACCUAACAGGAGCGCCGUCUGAGUCAAGCAAACUACGCUUCUACACGGGCGGGGAGAAGGGUGUUGUGAGAAUAUGGGACGCGAAAGAAGGGACGGUAUUAUUCACCCUCGGACAAGAACAAGAGCAGGUGUCGGAGGAUCAGGAAGAGCAGAGGCAGAUUGUGGACAGCAUCUAUAUUCCCGCUACAUCCACAAUCGUCUCCGUACAUGCGGACCAAAACAUUCUCUUCCACUCAUUAUCAACGCACUCGCUCGCUCGCCAGUUGAUCGGGUUCAACGACGAGAUCAUCGAUGCGACUUUCCUGUCUCCCCACUUGCCCCCACAGGCUGGCCCCUCUUCUUCCAAGCUCACUGAUACGCAUGUCGCGUUCGCGACGAACUCAUCGCUCAUCCGUGUGUACUCUGCGUCGUCACUCGAUGCACGUUUACUCUCUGGGCACUCGGAGAUUGUGCUGUGCCUGGAUCACGGCGCAGGCGGACGGGUGCUCGCCAGCGGGAGCAAAGAUCGAUCGGCGCGCGUAUGGGCACCGCGAAGGCAGGCUGCCGAACAAGCAAGUGCGGUACCCGAAUAUGGUUGCGUUGCUAUCUGCGAGGGGCACGCCGAGAGUGUUGGCGCCAUCGCCAUGUCUCGCAGAGCGAGCGAGGGCAGUACCGACACAAGCUCUCGCUUCAUGUUCACCGGCAGCCAGGAUAGAACCCUCAAAAUGUGGGAUCUUUCCAGUGUCCCGUCGAUCUACACUGGGCCGUCAGAAGACGAGAGCGAGGACGGCGAGCGCGUGCUCAAAUGCAAGAGUCUCACGACGCACAAGGCGCACGACAAGGACAUCAAUUCGCUUGACGUCGCUCCGAACGACCGCAUGCUCGCGUCGGGCUCCCAGGAUCGCACUGCGAAGGUGUGGGCGAUCGACUACACGGUCACGACGAGCGGCGUGCGCGGAGAGGUGCGUCUAUUGGGGACGUGCAAGGGGCACAAACGUGGAGUGUGGUGCGUGCGCUUCGGGCGCGCGGAGCGCGUGCUCGCGACGGGAAGCGGGGACAAGACGGUGAAGCUGUGGAGCCUCGACGACUUUGCCUGUCUGAAGACAUUCGAGGGACACACGAACUCAGUGCUGCGCGUCGACUUCUUGAACGCGGGGAUGCAGUUGGUGAGCGCGGCGAGUGACGGGCUGGUCAAGCUGUGGAAUGUGCGGGACGAAGAGUGUGUCGCGACAAUGGAUAACCAUGAGGACAAGGUAUGGGCGUUGGCAAUAAGCACAGACGAAUCCACCAUAGUCUCCGGUGCUGCCGACUCGGUGGCCACCUUCUGGGAAGACUGCACUGAGGAGCAAGAGCUAGAGAAGGAGUCGAAACGCGCGGAGCUUGUUGAGAAAGAGCAAGACUUCAUGAACUACCUUUCCCUGCACGACUACCGCAAUGCCAUCACGUUGGCGCUAGCGAUGGAACAGCCAGGACGCCUCCUCUCGCUUUUCAAGAGCACACAAUCGGAGUCUUUGCCUUCUGAUACCACUCCCUCAAUAUCCGGACAUCCCUCAGUGGACGCAGUCCUCCGCACGCUCGGCUCGUCUGACCUCGCACGCCUGCUCAAGUACGUCCGCCUGUGGAACGCGACUGCCAAGACGAGCGGCGUCGCGCAGCGCAUCUUGCAUGCUAUCGUCAAGCUGCGCCCUGCAGAAGAUGUGAUGCACGCAUUCGGGGGCGACGAUGUCAGCACUGGCCUCGGAGUCUCGGAGAACGGAGGCGCGCUGUCUGUGACUGUCGUAGGCAAAGGUGAAGGCCGGGGCGCGACAGCACUGAAGGACUGGGUCGAGACAGUCAUCCCGUACACAGAACGCCAUCUUGCGCGAAUGGAGCGGCUACUGCAAGACAGCUAUGUAGUAGACUACCUCUUGGGAGAGAUGGAUGACGGCAUGUUCGACGAGGACGACGGCAGUGUCGACUCCCUAGCGGCCCCCAUGGAUGUGGAGAUCGCUGCAUAGGCGGUCUCCUUUGGCUGCAUCGCCGCGUAAAAGUAUUCUACUGUCAUAUCUAUCAAUAUUUGUCGCAUUGCUGGUCACAACGCUCGCUCCAUAGUGAACUGAA